GACGUCCACUCCACAUUCCCCUUUGACGGCACACCUCAACGAUGCUUGAGAUUGCCUGUUUCAAUGUUUCUUCCGCGAUUGCUGCAGCAGAGGCGGGCGCCGACCGUAUCGAGCUUUGCGCCGAUUACGCUGCUGGUGGUGUCACUCCUUCCGUCGACGCCUGGGAUGAGAUUCGCAAAGCGACAUCAAAGCCCAUCAAUGCCAUGAUUCGACCAAGGCCAGGAGACUUCGUUUAUACCACGCUGCAGCUCUACCAAAUGAAGCUGGACAUCCUGAACUUCAAGCCAGUAGCGAGCGGAUUCGUCUUCGGCAUUCUGGAUUCGGAAAACCGAGUUGACGAAGCGCGCAAUCGUGAGCUUGUGGAGAUGGCAGCAGGCCUUCCGUGCACAUUUCACCGGGCAUUCGAUACAGUUCCAGAUCAAGCGGAAGCAGUGGAGAGCUUAAUACGUUGCGGCUUCACGUCGAUCUUGACUAGCGGAGGCCCGGCCGACGCUGUGUCCGGGGCUGGGAACGUCGCUCGGCUGCAGAAAGAAUUCGGUAGCCGGAUCACAUUCAUUCUCGGAGGUGGUAUUCGAUCUAGUAAUUUAGCAGCGCUACGCGAACAAACGGACGUACCAUGGUAUCAUUCCGCGGCUAUCACACAGCCCGGUGAAAUGGUUGACCGGGAUGAAGUUUCGAGAUUACAGAGCAUACUGAAGAACAAUUGAGAAGACUAAAGCCAUGCGUCAUACCAGUGUGGUGCAAUUCUUCGGAUCGUCUAUGUACAGCACGCCGAAUAUUUACAAGCGAAAUUAACAUUAUCAAGUACGGGUAUCAUCCUCAUCGUUUUUCCCAAAUUCGUCAGGGUGUCUUUCUCUAUACAGCGUAUAACAGGGCUGCAAGUCCCACCAUAAUAAGCGAAGGAGUGCCUUUAUCCGCAGCGCCUGGAGUAGACGUUGCGGAAGUAGCUUCAUUCCCUGACGUAGCGGAACCGGUUGCCUGGGAUGCAGCAGUACCUGACGGGGCGGAGGUCUGGCCUGAACUUUGUGCCGAUGCCGUCGCAGUCGUCUCUACAGAUGUCUGCGCCGGUACGGAAACACUUCCUACAAUCGCUGUCGGGGGGAUCGCACUACCAACACCAGCUUCGGUCCAUUGAGGAGGAAUCGAGAGAGUUGCCGUGUUAGGUUUCGC